GUCAUCAACAUCAUAAGCGCUAUGUAUCACCUGAGGGUGCCGGUGUUUCUCCUCACGGCGCUUGUAUUGCUCCGCUGCAUCGCCACCGCUCCGACCCACAGGUACUUCAGUCCCAGCUCCUCCUCCGAUGACGAACAGGAGAGAGCCCUUCCAGACAACGAGAGCUGGUCACUGCCUGAGCUGAUCUCCGACCGGUUUCUUGGCCUCAUUGGUGUCAGGCCACAGAGGGGGCUCUCAGCAGCAAAUAGUCAUCACUUACAGAAGAGAAAAUGCAACACGGCCACCUGUGUGACCCAGAGGUUAGCAGACUUUCUGGUCCGGUCCAGUAACACAAUCGGAGCGGUCUACGUCCCGACUAACGUGGGAUCCAGCACCUACGGCAAGAGGGACCUGCAGCAGCCCCCCAGCUACCUUCCCUUCUGAUACAAACUGGGAAAGUAGCACAGUAUGCCUAGAGAUAAAAUGAUCUUACGUAACAAUGAAUGUGAAAUGAUGACUCUGAUGAUAAAUUACAACAUAAGAAUAUUUUUAUCAUUAUUUUAUAUACAUCAAAAAACAGUGCCUUUGAUUUAAGCCAUCUGAAUUGAUGUAUUUUCUCUUCCAGCUUUGUGAACAUUGUAAAUCAUCUCCCACAUGCAGCACUAAUGAAAUGGAAAAAAAAAAAAGGUACACAGAAAUAAAGUAAAUACAAAAUAUUCAAGGACACAGAGGAAAUGAAAAUCCCUUUAAUAUAAAUCAGCUGUGAUUUUUUUUUAUA